GUAAACAGACAGCUCGUCCUGACCUGAGCUCCUCGAGCUAAACGCCUCAUUCAGCUGAGAUUGAGUCAAUGAGAUUUGGGGUUUUUAUGAAUGUGCUCGAUGAUUUUCGAGGAGAACAUGUCGAGCACGAGCAGUGUUUUAUUUAAGAGCAGACUGAAGUCUGUGAUCGAGAGCGCCGUGUCAGAGAUCAUCCGACUGCAUGAAGAUGAAGUGAUGCUGAUGAGACUGGAGAUCACACAAAGAGACACUCAGAUCAGCCGGAGAAACGAUGACAUCACGCAGAAAGAUACCGAGAUCAGACAGAGGGACACUGAGAUCGGUCAGAGACUGGAUGAGAUCAGACUAAGAGAUGCUGAGAUCGAGAUGCUGAAACAGAAACUGGCGUCAGUGGAGACAACACGACACAGACGAUUUACUGCGCUGACAUCAGGACAUCUGCAGUUCAGCGAAGCUCAACUUCAACUUGAAUUGAAUGAUGAAAAUCAUCAUCAUCAGCAGCAGAGAGACACAGAUGCAGAGGAGACGUCCCGUACUAAAACACAGACUCGGUGUUCGGACGGACACGACCAUGAGAACCACGAAAGCCUCGAUGAACUACAGCUGGAGGCAAAGACCGAGCAGAACUUCGAGCCUGAAAUCAAACAUCCGGACCAUUGUCAUCAUCAUCAGAACGACCGUGACGUCAGUGUGAGAGACACACGCGUGUGGUGUCCUGACACAGAAAACACUGAAGAAUCCUCCACAUCAGAUCCGCACUGCUCCUUUAAUCCCGUGAAAGAAACUGAGAUCUCAUCCGUGGCCUUCGAGCCUGUGACACAGACUGAAGCGCUUUGGACUGACAUUGCAGAACUGGACCCGGUUCACACACAGCAGCACAAAAACCCGGUGGAAAGUGUCUCGCUUCGCAGCCGUCCACACGCUGAUGCGGUCACGUGUGCGUUCACCUUCGGCACGGGUUGCAGGAGAGAGACGGCGCGGGAGAAAUGGUUCAUCUGCUCGUUCUGCGGCAAGAGUUUUGAUCGCUUCAGUCACCUGCAGAUGCAUCAGCGCAUUCACACCGGAGAGAAACCGUACUGCUGCAGGACCUGCGGCAAAAACUUCUCUCAGCAGAGCAACCUGCGCACGCAUCAGAAGAUCCACCGCAGACCGGACCACAUACACGCCAAACCAUCCUGACCUCCGCAGACGAUGCUGUUUUUCUCUCUGUGCCUUUUCACUAACUCACUUUAUACCGUUUCCAGACAUGAGCAACCUUCAGUGAACGUCUUUCAUGCAUUUGAAUGUUUAUUAACGUAUGUCAAAGUUCAGCACAUUUUAUUCAUUGGAAUAAACACGAUCAAACUCUUUUGAAAACUA